CUGUUCCUAGCUUCUGCGUUCCAACUUCCAACUGAGGCACUGAGCUGAGGAGUAAAGCGACCAGCACCUGGUCUCUGAAGUACUCUCUCUACCGCACAAAGAUGAAGACUUCCGUGCCAUUGGCUGCCGCCGCCUUCUUGCUUCUGUUGCUGACGACCAUGGAGGCUGAAGCCAUCAGGUUGGAUGCAGAGAUCCGUGCCGCGGUCAACCAGCAGCAGCAAGUUGCCUAUAAACCAGGCGAGAACUUGGCGCAAAAGGACGCUCCCGUUAAAAGCUCAGUAGGCGAGAGCGAGACGAAGAGAAGCAUCGCUGGACAGGAGCAGGUCAGGGCAACGGCGCACAAGCUACCUGAGUUCCACGAAGACUACUACGGCGCCAGUGUCCAUGAACCUAGGCACCACUGAGCGAUGCAGUCUUGGCCCCCUGGCUGCUCGAUCAGUUUGUUUGUUCCCUUUGUGCAAAGAGGAAUUAGGAUAGGUACUAGAUUAGUCAGCAGCCGUAGCAGGCUGCCAAUAGUUACCUUAUUCUGAGCUUGGUUAGCGAGCGAUAAUCUUUUUUUUCUUCUUCUUCUCAUCUCUUGAAGGGAAAUGUAACAGUUUUGAUGCGCUAACGCUUGGCAAAGCCAAAGAAAACUCAA